AUGGGCCAGCAGGCGCAUCAGCCGCAGUACCAGCAGCAGCAGUAUCCCCAGCAGUACCCCCAGCAGCAGCAGUACCCCCAGGCGCCGCAGCAGCAGCAGUAUCCCCCCCAGCAGUAUCCUCAGCAGCACCAGAGCGGCGUCCAGAGCCCGCCGCCGCAGUACGGAGCUGCUCAGGACUACUAUGCCCCCCAGCAGACCGGCGUUGAGCUGCAGCAGCCUCCCAAUGCCUACGGGCAGAACUACCCCGGCCAGAAGGGCUGA